AUGAUUGGCAAUCCAAAUAUUACAACGAAUGCAAAAUACUCGAUCUCAAAAGCGGUAGAAUUUGCCAUGCACGAGACGUCAAACAUACCGACAAUCCGUGAACUGACGCUAGCUCUACACCCCAACGAUGCAUUACCACAACCUGGCGCACUCAGUACCUGCGACGCCAGUACCCUGAUUGAUAUCGCCACCACUAAUCCUUCCUCCACCACCAACCAGCGUGCCUCACAUCCACGCACUCGCGUGCUCCUCCUUACUCCUAGUCCACGUACCACCACUCCCUCCGUUCGACUACCAACCCAUACUACUACAUCUGACUCCACUAUGUCCGACCCCAAUACUUUGGAAAGCACAAUCAACAAGUCCCUUCACACACACCUCACCAAACAUCCAACCUCUCGCGCCCUACGAGGACUCCUACUUCCACCCCGCAACAAUGCAGGAACGCUCAAUGAACCCACACUCCCCAACAAUAUGCGCAUGACACGUCAACGCGCAUGUCAGAUGAAUGCAUAUAACGAAUCCAAUCAACACAGUGCCCUUGCCAACGUCAAUCACAAUACUAUUCUUCCAGGGGAGUCCACCACACUAGCACCCUCAACACUUACACCUAAUAACACGACACCGGGGGAGCAAUCAGACACAGUGACCUCCCAUACAGCCCACUUGGCCCUUCCAGAGGAGCAUACUCCUCCCUCUAAUACCAUGCCCACUUCCACAGUGAACAACAUUCACACUCAAUCUUCCACGAACCGCCAAAAUAUCUCUGACAACACUACACCAGGGGGGCAAUCAGAUACGGCCGCAACCCAUACAACCCACUUGGACCUAGGGUAG